GCCCACGCUGCGAGACCGACAGGGACGAGUGCUCCUCGUCUCCCUGCCACAACGGCGCCGCCUGCCACAACCUCCCUGGGGGCUUCCGCUGUGACUGCCCCGGGGGCUACGGCGGCACCACGUGCCUGGCUCAGGUGGACGAGUGCACGAGCAACCCGUGCCUGCAGGGCACGUGCCGCGACGCGCUCAACGGCUACCAGUGCCUGUGCCACGCCGGUUGGACCGGGCGCCACUGUGGCGCGGAGAUCAACGAGUGCCAGUCGAACCCGUGCCGCAACGGAGGCACGUGCCGGGACCUCGACAACGCCUUCGCCUGCUCCUGCCAGGCGGGAUUCGCCGGCGAGCUCUGUGAGAGAGACGUGGAUGAAUGUGCUUCCGCGCCGUGCCUCAAUGGUGGCACCUGCCUGGACGCUCUCAACCGCUACGCCUGCCACUGCGAGCCGCCCUACGCCGGAGCGUCGUGUGAGCUGCUGCUGGCUCCGUGCGCGUCGCGGCCUUGCCAGCAUGGCGCCCGCUGUGUGGAGGUGGACGCCUUCACGGACUUCCACUGCCAGUGCCCACAGGGCUGGCAAGGCGGCGUGUGCUCGGUGGACGUGGACGAGUGUGUGGCGAGCCCUUGCCGCCACGGCGCCACCUGCACCAACUCGGCCGGCAGCUUCCACUGCACGUGCCCCCCGGGGUUCACCGGGGGGCACUGCCAACACGACGUGGACGAGUGUCUGUCCGACCCUUGCCUCAACGGCGGCACGUGCGGCGACUCGGCGGCCGCCUUCGAGUGCCGCUGCCUCGCCGGCUUCGCGGGCGCCCGCUGCGAGCUCCUCGAGGAGGAGGCGGCGGCGGCUGGCGCGUGCGCGAGCGAGCCCUGCUCGCACGGGGGCACGUGCCUCGCCAACGCGGGCAGCUACACGUGCGACUGCCCCGCCGGCUACACCGGCGGACGCUGUGAGGCCGACGUUCCCGACUGCACCGAGAGCUCGUGCUUUAACGGGGGCACGUGCUCGGAGGGCGUGAACGCGUACACGUGCCACUGCCGCUACGGCUUCUGGGGCGACCACUGCCAGCACGAGGUGAACGAGUGCGAGUCGGCGCCGUGCCACCACGGCGGCACGUGCGUGGACAGCCUGGGCACGCACAAGUGUGUGUGUCCCUACAGCUACACGGGGGUGGACUGUCAGGAGCUGGUGGAUUGGUGCGCCCUGGACCCCUGCCGCCAAGGUGCCAGCUGCUCGCAGGCUGGCACCGAAUUCCACUGCCGGUGCCUGAGCGGGUGGAGCGGUCGCUACUGUGACAUCCCUAGCGUGCCGUGCAGUGUCGCAGCCACGGCUCAGGGCGUGAGCGUGGAGGGGCUUUGUCGCCACGGGGGGCGCUGCAUGGACGUGGGCGGCACCCACCGCUGUCAGUGCCCGCCCACCCACACCGGCAGCUACUGCCAGGAGCCCUUGGACGAGUGCCGCUCGAGCCCGUGCCUCAACGGGGCCACGUGCGUGGACCUCACGGGGAACUACCGCUGCGAGUGCCUUCUGGGAUACGUGGGCAAGGACUGUGAGGAGCAGGUGGACGAGUGCAGCUCCCAGCCGUGCCAGCAUGGUGGACGCUGCCUCGACCUGCCCGGACGCUACCUCUGCUCCUGCCCACCCGGCACAGAGGGCGUCCACUGCGAAAUCAACCCAGACGACUGUGCACCGGCUCCUGCCUCCCCCUCCUCGUCCUCCUCCUCGUCCUCCUCCUCGUCCUCCUCCUCGUCCUCCUCGUCCUCCUCCUCCUCCUCCUCCUCGUCGUCGGCUCCGGCCCCGCGAUGCGCCAACGGCGGGCGCUGUGUGGACGCCGUGGGCGGCUUCUCGUGCGAGUGCCCGCCGGGGUUCGCCGGCGGGCGCUGCCAGGCGGAGCUGGGCACGUGUGGCGCGGGGAACCCGUGCCACCCGCACGGUGCCACCGGGUGCAGGGCGAGGGCACCCGGGGAGUACGAGUGUGAGUGUCGUCACGGCUACACCGGCCGCUACUGCGAGAGCGUGGUCGACACGUGCCGCGACCGCCCGUGCCACAACGGAGCCACGUGCACGGUGACCACCAACACGCCCCUCGGAUACUCCUGCCACUGCGCCCCGGGCUUCGAGGGGCGUUGGUGCGACGACCCUGCGGGCCGCUGCGACGGGCUGCAGUGCCGGAACGGCGGCCGCUGCUCCCGCCCCUCGCCGUCCUCCCCCCCGCGCUGCUCCUGCCCGCCGGGCUUCGCCGGCGUCGCCUGCCAGCUGGCCGAGCGCGACCCCUGCACGGCACGCGGCUCCGGCGGCUCCGGCGGCUCCGGCAGCUCCGGCAGCUCCGGCGGCUCCGGCAGCUCCGGCAGCUCCGGCAGCUCCGCGUGCCUCAACGGGGGGCAGUGCCGCCCGCUCCGGCGGGCGCCGUUCUUCCGCUGUGAGUGCCGCCGGCCCUUCGCCGGCCCCCGCUGUGACCGCGUCGUCGCCGACUCCGCCGAUGCCGACGCCGCCGAGGAUGUCGGCGGCGGCGUCGGCGUCGGCGUCGGCGUCGGCGACCGAAGCUGCGCCGACGCGGGGUGCCCGGGCCGGGCGGGCGACGGGCGCUGCGACGGGGAGUGCAACUCGGGGGAGUGCGAGUGGGACGGCGGGGACUGCUCCCUGCGCUACCGCAACCCGUGGCGCAACUGCCCCGGGGCGGCGGCGUGCUGGCGCGUGUUCGGGGACGGGCGCUGCGACCGGCGCUGCGCCGGCGCCGGGUGCCUCUUCGACGGCUUCGACUGCAACGGCCCCCUGUACGCCCAGUACUGCGAGGACCACGCGGCCGACGGCGACUGUGACGAGGGCUGCAACAGCGGCGAGUGCGGCUGGGACGGCGGCGACUGUGCCCGAGGGCGCCCGCUGGCCGGCUCGCUCGUCGUGGUGGUGCGCCUGCCACCAGACGAGUUCCUGGGAGUGGUUGGGCGCUUCGUGCAGCAGCUGGGCGAGGUUCUGCUGCUGACGGUGCGCGUCCGGAGGGACCGCGACGGACGCCUCAUGGUGCUGCCCUUCUACGGCGCUGCCGCUGCAACACGCCGGGAGCAGCAGCAGCAGGGGCAGCGCCAGCGUCGCCACAGCCGCCAGGAGGAGGAGGAAAAGCCCCUGGGCUCGGAGGUUCACCUCGAGCUGUUUGAGCAGCGCUGCCUCAACGUUUGCCUGCCCAGCGCCGACGCGGCCGCCGCGUUUCUGGCGGCGCAGGAGGUGUCGCUGGUCCACAUGGCCUACCCACUCAUUGCCGUCUACAGUGACGGAGCGGAGGGCGACGCCGAGGAGGCCCCGACGCUUCUGUACGCGGCCGUGGGCCUCGGCCUGGCGCUGGCGCUGGCGCUGGUGGCGGCCGGGGUGCUCCUGCACGGCAAGCGGCGGCGCAAGGAGCACGGAGCUCUGUGGCUUCCCGACGGCUUCCUGCUCGGCGGCCACGGGCCGCAGAAGAAGACGCGGAGGGAGCCGCUGGGGCAGGACGCCAUGGGGCUGCGGAACCUGCGGGUACCGAUGGAGGCGCCCGGCGGACAGGAGGGGUGUUACCAUGACGACCACGAUGACGACGAUGACGACGAACAGGAGGGGGAGGAGGAAGAGGAUGGUUACGGUGGUGACGGUGGUGGUGGCGGUGGUGGUGGCGGCCGUGAUGAUGGCUGCGGUAAAGCUGCCAAGCGCAAGCGCCUUAAGGCGGAGCCGGCCCUCCCCCCGGCCCUGGCCCUGGCCCUGGGUGAGGGCCCCCCGGCCCCGGCCCCGGCCCUGGGUGAGGGCCCCGUGGACCGUCGGCAGUGGACCCAGCAGCACCUGACGGCCGCCGACAUCCACCCGGCGGCGCUGGCGCUGACCCCGCACCACGGAGCCGACUCCGAUAACGACUGCGUGGACGUCAACGUGAAGGGGCCCGACGCUCUGACGCCGCUGAUGCUGGCCUCGAUGAGGAGCGGCAGCAGCUUCGAGAGCGGCGUGGAGCUGGAGGUGGACGUCGAGGAGGAGGAGGAGGAGCCUCGGACAGACGAGUCGGAGGACUCCUCCUCGGCCAACAUCAUCACCGACCUCAUCCUGCAGGGCGCGUCCCUCAAGGCCCAGACGGACCGCACGGGCGAGACGGCGCUGCACCUGGCCGCCCGCUACACCCGCGCCGACGCGGCCAAGCGCCUGCUGGAGGCGGGCGCCGACGCCAACGCCGCCGACUACACCGGGCGCACGCCCCUACACGCAGCCGUGUCGGCCGACGCGCAGGGCGUGCUGCACAUCCUCAUCCGUAACCGCGCGACGGACGUGGACGCGCGAAUGAACGACGGCACGACCCCGCUGAUCCUGGCGGCACGCCUCGCCGUCGAGGGCCUCGCCGAGGAGCUCGUCGCCUGCCGGGCCGACGUCAACGCCGUGGACGACCACGGCAAGUCGGCGCUGCACUGGGCCGCGGCCGUCAACAACGUGGAGGCGACGCUGGUGCUGCUCAAGAGCGGCGCCAACCGAGACAUGCAGGACAACAAGGAGGAGACCCCCCUGUUCCUGGCGGCGCGCGAGGGCAGCCGCGAGGCGGCUCGUCUGCUGCUGCAGCACGGCGCCAGCCGCGAGAUCACCGACCACGUGGACCGCCUGCCGCGCGACGUCGCCGCCGAGCGGCACCACCACGACAUCGUGCGGCUCCUCGACGAGUUCGCCCUCAUGGGGGCCGCGGCCGCGGCGGCGGCGGCGGCGGCGCAGCAGCAGCACUACGGGGGAGGCGGUGGACAGGGCGGAGGCGUCCUGGGCCCUCCGCUCUGCCCCGCCGCCGGCUACAUUCACGGCGUCAAGGCGGCGCAGCAGCAUCAUCACCACCACCACCAUCAGCAGCAGCAUCAUCAGCAGCAUCAUCAGCAGCCCGGCAAGAAGACGCGGCGUCCCAGCACUGCCCGCGCCUACUCCGCCGCCGCCGGCACCACCGGCGCCGCCGGCAGGGACGGCAAGCCGGUGAAGAAGCGCAAGAAAUCCACGGGCGGCGUCGGGGACACCCCGGCGCUGAAG